AUGUUAUCUUCUAUUCUCUUUUCUGGAGUUCUCCUCUUGGCAACUGCAUUGGCUGAUUGCAGCCGCGAGAUGCUCAAGAAUGCUACCGACGCAUACAUCUCAGCACAAAGCAGUGGCCAUAGCACUGCAAUGGCAACAUCACUCUCUCCAAAUAUAUCAUACACCGAGAACGAGAAGCCCGUGGAUAUCAAGACCGGUGUCUUGACUCGAUCCUUGAAAAUCGACCUCAACCGAACCAUCCACGAUACCAUAGCUUGCGGAACCUGGACUGAGCUAAUCGUCACCGAUCCCACACAUCCAUAUGUGAUACAGACUCGCAUGCUCUUCAACGACAGUAAGAUCACGACCAUGGAGUCGAUCGUUACCCAGAAAGGGGACUGGGCAUUCAAUGCCACGGGAUAUUUGUACUGGGACUCGAUGGAGAAAUGGGAUCCUAUCCCAGCCGAAAAACGAGACACCAGAGCUGUAAUCCAAGCUGCAGGUGACGCGUACUUCGAUCGAUUCGACAACAUCAAUGUCACCGUCCCUUUUGGCACACCUUGUGCUCGACUCGAAGGAGGCGCAUAUACUGGUGCCAACAACUUGACUGCAAAUACCUGUUAUCUCGGUCUUCCAUCAACAACUAAGGUCACGAACAGACGUUAUAUCGUUGAUGAGACAAUGGGCGUUGUUAGUAUGUUCUUGGGUUUCCCAGGACUCGAUCGUUCACAGGGAAUGGCUCCGAUGCCUGACGGACAUACUUUCAGAGUUGAAGGAGGGAAGAUCAAGUAUAUUCAUACGGUGUCAUCGUGUGUGCAGGCUGGUUGUGGAGUCAAUGGAACUGGUCCACCAUCGAUGUAA